AUGCGCUCAAUUUUGUUGCUACAGACUUCUACUGAUCCUGUAAUAGCGGUUGAUUUCAAUCCUGUCGACGCAAAUUCGCUUGUCUCCAUCGGCAAAAGUCACCUGGCAUUUUGGACACUAGAAGGCUCCAAUCUCACAAAAAAACAGGGCGUUUUUGACAAACAGGAGAAACCGAAAUUUGUGCUUUCAAUGACUUUUGCGGAGAAUGGAGACUUAAUCACGGGGGACUCAAAUGGAAACAUAUUUCUCUGGUCAAGAGGUUCAAACAAAAUCACUCAGGCCGUCUUAGGUGUUCACGCGGGUGGCAUCUUUGCCCUUACCUUCAGUAAAACCGGUCGUCUUCUCUCCGGAGGCGGUCGGGACAGCCGCAUUGUUGAAAUGGACUCCUCUUUGAAUCCAACUGGCGUUUUCAUUGAACUAAGUGCUUGGUAUGGACCAGUGCGAACACUAAUUACCGGUCCAGGAGAUAUUCUCAUUGUUGGUACCACUCAGGGUGACAUUCUCCAGGGUCAGCUUGGGUCGGACUUCAAUCCACUGGUUCAAAGCCAUGGUGAUGAGUUUUGGGGACUUGCAGCUCAUCCACAGAGCCAUCAUUUCCUUACUGGUGGACGCGACGGUAACGUUUUUCUAUGGGACUCACUAACUCGUCGACUUGUGUGGGCAGAGAACCUGUCUGAAGAGAUCAUCUGUGCAACUUUCUACCCGGCCGUGGUGACCUCCAUUGCUCCGGUAUCCAAUCAUACGGAGACAGGAGGCGAUGAGAACGUUGGAGGCGGUGAUCUUGCUGACUCUGUCCCCGUCGUCGCUCUAGGUGCCGCUUCGGGUAGGUGGAUCGUUCUUGAUGCUGUACUGCAUCAGAUCAUCGCCGCUCACCACGAGAGCUCCGAGCCCAUUCAGUGUCUCGCCUAUUCGCCCAACGGUCAGUUCAUUGCCCUCGGUGGCCGCGACAAUAGCAUUUACGUGUACAAUGUUACCGCUCGCGGAACAAAAUACUCGCGAUUGGGGAAGUGUUCUGGUCACUCAAGCUUCGUAUUGCAUCUCGAUUGGUCAGAGGAUAGCCAGUAUAUCCGCUCGGUCUCCGGAGACUACGAGCUACUCUAUUGGUCCGUCGCCAACUGUCGACAGGUGGCAUCGACAAGUAGCAUGCGUGACGUGCGUUGGGCAAGUCAGCACUGUACCUUGGGCUUUGACGUGGCUGGAAUUUGGGCUUCAGAUUCCGAUGGAACUGAUAUCAACGCUGUCUGCCGCAGCCAUUCAACACGACUUCUAGCUACAGCAGAUGAUUUUGGUCAAGUUAACCUAUUCCGCUACCCCACCUGCCAGCUGAAAAGCGAACCGCGUUCCUACGGUGGCCACUCUAGCCAUGUGACUAACGUGGAUUUCCUCUUCGAUGAUUCGCGACUUAUCUCUAUUGGAGGUGCAGAUAUGGCUAUCUUACAGUGGGAGGUGAUUACCUAG